UGAGGGCAACACUUCUUAUUAAAAAGUUAACUGACGUUUCUGCAGGCAACUCGAGCACGGAGUUCAUUUUCUGCUUCUUUUUGUGUGAAAUAUUUUUUUCGACUAUUGGUUUCGUUUACCAAUACAAUAUUUCGGUAAUUUUUAAGUUUAGAACAUAUUUAGUUUGUAGUUUCAAUGAGUAAGUUAAUGUGCCCAUACGCCCUUGAAAACAGUGUAUUAAAAAAAAUUGUGUCAGCAUAGCAACAGCACUUCGGUACAUAUAAUUCCUAUUUUGAGGGAUAUCGUUCAGUGUAAGAAGACAGGGUGCCUUUGUGAGAUGAGAAAUGAGGAUGCAUGGAGGAAUACUAGGAUUCAAAUCAAGAACACACUAAUUUAGUAUUUUGUAAGUUUAAACUGGUGCUUUUAUCUUAUAAGAUGAUUACACGAAGAUGGUUUCAUCCCACACUAACAGGGGUGGAGGCAGAAAAGAUACUCUUAGAAUGUGGCCACGAUGGCUACUUCUUAGCAAGACCCAGCAUGAGCAACAAGGGCGACUUCACACUAUCUGUACGGCGAGGUAACGAAGUGACACACAUUAAGAUACAAAAUAAUGGCGAGUUCCUUGACCUUUACGGAGGUGAGAAGUUUGCCACACUUUCAGAACUCGUUCAAUACUACAUGGACAACCAGUGUCAACUGCGUGAGAAAAAUGGGAACGUCAUUAGGUUAAAAACACCUCUUAACUGCGCAGAUCCUACAACUGAGCGCUGGUACCAUGGGCAACUCACUGCCAAGGAAGCUGAACGGGUUAUGCUAGAGAAUGGUAAAAAUGGUUCGUUUCUGGUUCGGGAGUCUCAACGACAACCUGGCGACUUUGUUCUAUCAGUGAGAACGCGAGAUCGAGUCACACACGUCAUCAUCCGCCGACAAGAUAACAAGUACGAUGUCGGUGGAGGCCAACAAUUUCCAGAUCUUGUCAGUCUAAUAGAACAUUACAGAAACUUUCCGAUGGUCGAAACCACAGGUGAAGUGUUGCGACUGAUCCAGCCUUUUAACGCUACUCGUAUCCAGGUGCGACAUUUCCAUACGCGAGUGAAACAACUUCAAAAAGAAAACGAAGGUCCAAUAGAGAGUAUGGCAUACAAACAAGGCUUCUGGGAGGAAUUUGAGACUCUGCAAAUGAUGGAGAACCUUCAACUUUUCGACAGGAUGGAGGGAUCAAAGCCAGAAAAUAUACGAAAAAAUCGGUACAAGAAUAUUAUUCCUUUCGAUCGUACCCGAGUGGUGCUAAAAGACAUACCUCCGGAUGCACCUCCCGGCUCGGACUACAUAAACGCCAAUUAUAUUCGAUGUGAAAUGAUAGACAUGGGCUCUGACUUUCACGACUCUUGUAGUAACGGCUCUUAUGAAAAUAGCCCCUAUAUGAGUCGAGAAUCAAACAAUUCGCCUUCAAAGAGUAAAGACAAGUUGUCACCAGUUCACACAAGUGUUAUUGUAUGUGAAGAAAAGUUAGGUAACGUCAAAAUUCAAGGUAACGGCACAAAAUCAAUCCCACCUUUUGAGCCGUCUGUCCUUCGAACAAAUCCGAAUUAUGUUAAUACCACAAUACCGAAGUCAACAGAGGAAACUGAAAAUGGUGUUGUCGAUCACGUCUACAAUAAGAUAUACAUCGCCACUCAAGGUUGUUUAUCGACCACCAUAGCUCCAUUCUGGUCGAUGAUAUGGCAGGAGGACGUUCGCAUAAUUAUAAUGACAACAAAAGAGAUCGAACGUGGUAAAGUAAAAUGCGAACGAUACUGGCCAGAAUUGAACAAAACAGAAGUUUUCAAAAAGUUUACUGUACAAAAUGAAUUUGAAUCGUCUACGCCAGAUUACACGUUGCGGCGUUUUGUGGUUACGAAAAAAGAAGAAAGCAGCGUUAAAAGAACAAUUUAUCAUUUUCACUUUACUGCGUGGCCGGACCACGGCGUUCCAUCGGAGCCGGGCCGAGUUCUGAAUAUACUGUUAGAUGUAAAUUAUAGGCUGCAACAGAUUAUGACCGGGCCGGAUCCACCCGCACAAGCAGUCGUGUGCGUCCAUUGCUCGGCGGGCAUUGGCAGAACAGGGACCUUUAUAGUCAUCGAUAUGAUUCUAGAUCAAAUAAGGAAAGAGGGAUUCGACUGUGAAAUCGAUAUCCAUCGUACUGUUCAAAUGGUGCGAGACCAGCGCUCUGGUAUGGUGCAAAACGAGGCACAGUAUAAGUUUAUUUAUAUGGCCGUUUUAGAGUUUAUUGAAACUGAGAAACAGAGAAUUGGUCUUGGACCGGAAUCGAGCCAAGACUCUCCUCGUGUGUGGUCGCAUUCCGUACCUUUUUUAUGAAUCGAGCUAAAAGCGCGAAGAAGUUUCUAACGAAAGCUUUAUCGCGUAAAAAAUUGUAGAAGAUCACAUUCGUGGUGACCUUCCCAAUUUUCUCUAACACGUGCUUAAAAUUUCGAUUUGUUAUAUAUAACAUAUUAAAUAUUUUAUUAUUUUUUCCGUCGUAUUCAAGAUUCUACUUAGUAGCGCAUGACAAGAAUUAACGUGGUUUUAAGAUUUAACACUGCCAACAAGCAAAAUAUAAGUCUUAAAAAGAAGAAGACUAUAAAAAUAUGGUUAUUAGCUGCGAGAUGCAGGGCCGAUAACUCUUGAUAUAUAGUUAAACGGGCACUAUAAAUUAAUAACAUUUUGAGUAAACAAGUCCUUCGUUCAGAGUUGUGAUGAUUAUGGCCUACAUACAUUUCUAGUAACAAAUGGCAAAGGCCCGUUACUCGAGCACGUAGUAACUUGAACACAAUAAUAAUGUUUUUUAUUUAUCUCAAAACAAGGAUCUGUCGUAGAGUUUUACUCAUACAGAUGUCUAUUUUUUAUUAGUAAACGUAGUGAUUUAAUUAUCAACAAUACAGUGUACCUUUUUAAAUUUUACCAUAUCAAUGAAUCAAUUAAUUUCAAUGAAUAAAUAAUUGUAUUAUGCAUUUAGAACGUAAAGUAAAAAUAUAUUAUUAUUAUAGCAGAACAAUCUUAUAUGGGUGGGAUAACGUGAUCGGUGAUAAAAAUUAUUAUAUUCGAGUAUUGAACAUUAAAUGAUUUUAAAACUAAGUCAAGCUGAUCGCUUUUGUACAAAACACCCAAAGUGAUUAUAUUACAGUAACAAAAUGAAAUUAAGGAAUUUUAAUAUCAAUGCAGAUGACAUUUUUGGAAUGAAGAAGUCGCACAAUAAAAUAUUUAAUUAGCACUUUGUAUAAUAUUUUGUAUAUUUCGUUAAAGAUUUUAUUUUAAUUAACGGCCUGAUUUUAUUAUAACGUGUUCUAAACCUCUUCGCGCUUAGCCGUAGGUUGUUCCAGCGAUGAAAUAGUAUUAAGUAUUCGUA